AAAAUUACCGUGAUGUUUGUGAAUUUCCGGCGGAUCCGCAAGUGCCAGUUGGUGCAGCUAAUGACCACGUGCCUGGUGCUGUCGGUGAUGAUGGUGUACUGGGAGCACCUGGGCGGCAGUGUGGUGAGCCACGUCAAGUCCUACUCCUACCGCUACCUGGUCAACCGCUACACCUUCAUCAACAAGAGCUUCACCAUCCCGCGCCAGGAGGCCCACAUGUUCAGCAACCACCACUACCUGCUCAACCACCCGUACAAGUGCUCAGGAGAGAAGAACGUUUUACUGCUGCUGCUAGUCAAGUCCUCCCCGGAGAACUUCGAGAGACGGCGAGCCAUACGGUCGACGUGGGGCAACGAGACCUAUAUCCGCCAGACCCUGGGGGUGACGGUGAAGGUGGUGUUUGUGCUGGGCCUCAAGCAGCACGAAGCUGCCCAGAUUCGGAGGAGCAGAGGGGGCAUUCAGGACAACCUUGUCCAUGAGGACCGCUUGAAUGGCGACUUGGUCCAGCAGGACUUUGUGGACUCGUUCCACAACCUAACCCUCAAGCUUCUGCUACAGUUUCGGUGGGCGCACGCCUACUGCCCCCGCGCCCGCUUCCUCAUGACCUCUGACGACGACAUCUUUGUGCACAUGCCCAAUCUGGUGCGCUACCUGCAUGACAUGGACAGGAAGGGCGUGACGGACUUCUGGAUCGGUCGCGUGCACAGAGGCGCAUCACCCAUCCGCCGGAAGGAAAGCAAGUACUACGUCCCAUACGAGAUGUACCCGUGGUUGACAUACCCGGACUACACGGCAGGGGCAGGUUACGUCGUCUCGAGAGACGUGGCGAACAAAAUCUACCAGGCUUCGUUGACCCUCAACGCCUCGCUGUACAUCGACGAUGUCUUCAUGGGCAUCUGCGCCAAAGCCAUGGGUGUGUUGCCGCAGGAGCAUGUGUACUUCUCAGGUGAGGGCAAGGCGCCCUACCACCUGUGCAUCUACGACAAGAUGAUGACGUCGCACGGCCACGUGGCCGACAUUUACGAACUCUGGAAAGCUGCAACGAAUCCUGAGGUCAAACGGGUCACGUCAGGACUCUUUGGGAGGUUGUAUUGCACGGCGGUGAAACUCACCCUCCUCUGUAGACCUUAUUUCUUCAACAGCUACCCCUGCAAGGCAGCCUUGUUGUAGGACAGUAAACCUAUUUACUGUCUUUGGUCCAAAAUGGAGUGAGGGAUCAUUUUAUACGACAUUUUUCUUUCAUCGGUCUCCCGUCAUUUGAGAAGGCUGAAGGAGGGAAGGCCUGUAUUUUGUGUUGAUGGAGGAAGAUGCCCAUGAGUGUUAUCUAUUGCUGUAAAUGUGGGGUUUUACAGUGACCGUCUAUCUAAAUGGUUUUACAUUGGACAUCUAUCUAUAUGGCCGGCAGUGGUCCAGUUCUUGAUCUCUUUAUGAUGUAUUGAAGAGUCCCACCCCGCCCCUUUGAGAACAGAGACUGAAUGUGAUGAAUAAGGAGAUGUUAUCCAGACAUAAUGUUGACAAAUGGGAUCCAAAGUGAAUUUCCGCUCCCUCAUCUCCUUCCAUUAAACUAAUUGAGAAAAUGUUUCUCUGGCAUUGAAUUCUGUUCUUCUGUUGGUUAUGCUGCUGUGGUUUAAAACUAACUGUGGACGGACACAAUUGGCUCAUUGUCAGUCGUUUCACGGUAAGUUUAGCUAAAGUUAGAAGGAAGAUUUUUUUUUAAAUAAUACUUUCAAAAGUACCUAAUAGUCCAUAUGUCAAGGAAGCAUUUGAAACUGACAGCAAGCAUUUCAAAUGGGUGUUCAUGGUUAAAGAAGUCUUACAAACUCUGCAGCCAUAAGGUGUAAACUGUCUGGGGUGUAGCAGUACAUUAAUAUGUAGCCUGUUUGUGUUACUAGUGGUGAUUAGUGACACACUGUAUAAGCUAUCAUGCGCGAGUGCCAA